AUGGACAAUGAUGCCCGGUUGACUCCCCGCCAGAUCUGGGCGAAUCCGACAACGACCUCGACUAAAACCUAUUCGGCUGGAUGUACGCCGUUUGUAUUGCCUAGCGAUGGGAUUAUUCAUGUGAACAAAUCCUAUGAAUUGACACUCACCAAUAACGCCGUGUUCGAGCCGACGUGCACUGGCGACCUCAGCGAUUAUGUUCACGUUGCCGCCGUUCUUGAUACCCGCGAUCCGUUUUAUUCCUCCGUUACGCCACAGCUCUACGCCAUCGGUUGCUGUACAGUCGUCAGUUAUAUUCUCGUUAUCAUUUUACUCAUUACCCCGCGCACCUUCUUCGUCGGAGGCCCCGGUGGCGGCGGAGCGAAUUUCCUUGGACGGCAUAGCAUGAUCAGUAGGUCAUAUACCAGGAAUUCAUCGAUUGUGGGUGUCGGCGGUCGGCCAUGGCUGCAGAAAGUGGCGGCUUUUCUUGUUGCCAUCUCGUUGACAAUCGCCACGGUUGACUCCUUCAGAGUUGCCGAGGCCCAGUACGAAUAUGGAUACUCGGAUGCUGAGGCACUCUCCGAGGAGGUCAUUGAUGGGCUAGAGAUUCGCAUCGUGCGUGUCAUUUCGCAAACUUUUCUCUGGUUGGCGCAGGUCCAGACUUUGAUUCGACUGUUUCCGCGACAUAAAGAAAAAGUCAUGAUCAAAUGGGCUGGAUUUGCCCUCAUUGUUUUGGACACGAUAUUCAGUAUUUUGGAAAGUUUCUUUUUCAAGAACAGUUCCACUCAUCCAAGAUUAUACGAUGAUGCGAUCCCGGCACUAAGCUACUUGUUUGAGCUAGCUCUCAAUUUGCUAUAUGCCGCGUGGGUCAUCUUCUACUCCAUCUCGAAACAUCGGUAUGCCUUUUUCCAUCCAAAGAUGCGCAAUAUUUGUUUUGUGGCGCUUUUGUCACUAUCUGCUGUUUUAAUCCCAGUGGUGUUCUUUGUCAUGGACAUCGCAAAACCGGAGAUCGCCGGCUGGGGUACCUACAUCAGAUGGGUUGGAUCGGCAGCGGCCAGUGUGGUAGUAUGGGAGUGGGUGGAGCGCAUAGAAGCGCUUGAGCGCGAUGAAACCAAAGAUGGAAUUCUUGGACGAGAAGUGUUUGAUGGCGAUGAGAUGCUUGAGGUGACUCCCUCUGAAGAAGUUGAUUGGCCACGAUAUCCGCCCAAUGGUCAAGACAGAGGUGGUGGAAACGGCGCCUCUUCGGCAUGGGGUGGAGUCAGAAAUCUAGCCCAUCGACCACUACGAACUCGAGUGGGAAUCAACCGUGCAAAUCGCAAUCGUGGAGCUGGCGGAUUCCCAUCCACAAGUGGUGCCGCAGGAUCAAGGCGCCAGGGCCAUCGACCUACUCCACCUCCGGCAGUCAUCACCCCGGUCAGUCGAGCUGACACCAGCAGUGCUCCCAGCACAGUAUAUAAUGUUCGGUAUCAUCCAGUCGCCAGCCCUACACCACCCGUGGCGAUGCCACACAUGGAGGAAGAAGUGGAAUUGGAAGAAGCGAAAGAAAUGGAGAUCGAGGGAUAUCCGGCACCAGACGACGUGGAAAAUCAAGCCCCUGCCCCUGAUAGCAGAGAGCAAUCACCACAAAUGGUCCAAGCCGACCCGCGAUGGCGCAAUCUCAUCAAUCAUUUCAAACGAAGACGCGGUUCCCUCCCGAGGGAGGUCGCCUUUGCACAAGCUGGCGAGGAAACAAAUGAAGGGGAGAAAGGCGAUUCUGACUCCGUGGCCGAUGAUCAUGAGCAAACUACCACUCAGGCGAGAUCAAACAAUAAUUUCUUCUCACUUCAUCGGCCGCGACUUUCCGGUCCCGGUUCACAAUCUGCUGACGCCCCCUUGGCCGUCACAGUGAUUCCCGCCCGUCGCCGUGGACAACAGACUUGGUCCCCUCAACCUCGGAAUGGAUUGCUGGAAACAUCACCCAGUCAACAUGAACAACAGCAACCCCGAUCUGGCUACUCCAAUUUACCAGUCAGGGUUAUCCCUUCCCAACCACAGACGUCUGCACCAUGGGACGAUGCGGAUCUGGAGAAUGGAGGUGGGGAUUAUGUCCUCCGCUAUGAUCCCGAAGCUGCCGCUUUAGUCCAUGAGCGUGUGAGCCAUUCGCGAGAGGAGCCUGUUGUUGCUGACCGUGCUAGUUGGACAGCGACGACCGUCUCCGAGGUAGAUUCACAUCAUGAUGAGCCUCCAGGUCCACAGCAUCACGAUCAUCAUACAUCCUCCUGA